GGUAAGUUUCUGAAAGACUGCAAACGCGGUUUAGGUCUCGAUUCGCGAACAGUUCCUUCUUCUUCAUCCUCGGUCUUCUUUCUCCUGCGAGUGAUCGGUGCGUAUGGAUGGAGAGAUCAGCGGGAGAUGUGGAUUAUAUGAGGAUGAUGUGGUGAUGAACUUGUGGUGAUAUUUUUUUAAGAAUUCGGAACUGGUGUUUAUGGUAUUGGACACACUGAUUUUUUGUUGAUUUUUGCACUUGCAAGAUACUAAACAGGACAUUUAUUCUUCCGUGGAUUAAAUAUAUAUUUCCGGGUGAUUUUGUAUGGCUCCUUUAGAUAUGAUGAACCAGUUGUGCAAAGUAUGCGGGGAACCUGCCGCGGGUUACCACUUCGGAGCUUUCACGUGCGAAGGGUGCAAGUCAUUCUUCGGACGGACAUACAACAACCUAGCAGCUUUAGGAGAAUGCAAAAACAGUGGACAGUGUGUCAUAAACAAGAAAAACAGAACCUCGUGUAAAAGCUGUAGGCUUAAGAAAUGUCUACUCGUAGGAAUGUCGAAAAGCGGUUCUCGCUAUGGACGACGUUCGAACUGGUUCAAAAUCCACUGCUUAAUUCAAGAUCAAGCAGAGAUGACGAGUCGAUUGACUGAUCAAGGAGUACUAUCUAAUAGUCAUUACGAUACUAAGGACAUGGUCCAUCACUUUCGGUCCGAUUUCAGUGACGUGACAUUGCCUUCUAAUGGACAUUCCAACAGGGGAUCUCCCUCUUCUGAUCCAGGAACCAUGGAAACCACCACAAGUCCCGUAUCCUACAAUUAUUUUCCGUCCAAAAGUUCUACGAACGGGUAUUCCAACGGGUAUUCUGGGUAUGAUGCCAGCAGUCCAACGUAUGAGAGAAAAGAAAACGUAGCCUUCCAUCAUCAUCACCACCAUUUGCCUCUUUCCCCAGUGUCCCCGCUUCAUCCAAGCAAAUUCUUCUUCCAUUCUGCCAGUAGCGGAUUCUUCGCCAAGAAUUUUUCUUCCAUCCCUAAGGUCUUCAGUCCUGAGAUGAACUACACCCCACCUCACAGGUUGCUAGGCGUGCCAAGUGGAAUUCUCACGAGUCCAGUUCUCAAUCCACCCCGUGAUGGACCCUUGGUCAAUACCGAAAACUUCAGAGACCUUCCGGUGCAAGAAACGCCUAUUGAUUUGUCCGUGAAAAAGCCAGAGACCCCUAAUUCUGAUGCCACUAUGGACGGCAUCAAUGAUAACGAAGAAGAAGAGUACAUCAACAUGGACGAUAAUGAGAGCGAUAAUGCUCCUGCCAGAGCCGAAACACCAUUAGAUUUAACAUCUAAACGAGCUGUAUCCUGUUAAGACUCUGUUACUUAAAUGCUAUUAAUGAUUGUUGUGUUUUCAAAAACAUUAUUGUUAUUGUUGUGUUUUUGAAA